UUGAUAUCAUCACUUACACCUACUUCUCCUCUCCUACCUCACCGGCUUUAAUUUCCUGUUAGUAUAAGGAUCCCUUCUUCUUCUCUGAUAUAUACGAGUCCACGAUCACUCCACGAUCACUCUCGGUCUCUCCUUCCCUCCAUCCCUCCCUCUAUUUUCUCUCGCACGCAUAGUCGCAACAGAGACAUGGCAAACCAUACAUCCUCCAUUGAUCCCUACGAAUUCCUCAAAAUUAGCCCCAACCCAGAUGGCUCUCUCACCCGCCUCAAUCCAUUUCCAAUUGCACUCCCAACCGAGCCCAGAAGUUCCACCACCACUGAUUCUAACACACCUGCCCCACUCGCCCUCUCCAAGGACAUCCCUCUCAACCCCACCACCAAGACCUUCCUUCGUCUCUUUCUCCCCCACCCUCCCCCUUCAAACCAAAAACUCCCUCUCAUAGUAUACUUCCAUGGCGGAGGCUUCGUUCUCUUCAGCGCCACUUCACAGCCGUUCCAUGAUUCAUGCAGCGCAAUGGCGGCGAAAAUCUCAGCUCUGGUCUUGUCGGUCGAAUACCGUCUCGCACCCGAGCACCGUCUCCCGGCGGCUUAUGACGACGCUGUGGAGGCCAUCACGUGGAUCCGGAACCAGGCGGGGGACAUCAACGGCUGUGAUGCAUGGUUGAGGGAUUACGUAGAUUUUUCACGCUGCUUUUUAAUGGGAAGCAGUGCUGGGGGCAAUAUCGUGUACCAUGCCGCUUUACGUGUGCUUGAUGUUGAUCUCAACCCCGUGGAGAUCAGAGGGUUAAUUUUUAACCAGCCGUUCUUUGGUGGUGUCCAAAGGAGCGGAUCCGAGAUGAGACUGAUUAACGAUCGGAUUCUACCGUUGGCUGCAAAUGACUUAAUGUGGGCCCUGGCAUUACCAAAGGAUGCUGAUCGUGAUCACGAGUAUAGUAAUCCAACGGUGGGUGGUUCCCAUGAAGGGAAGAUCAGACGGCUACCGAGGAGUUUAGUAAGGGGGUACGGUGGGGACCCAUUGCUAGACAGGCAGCAGGAGUUCAUGAAGAUGUUGGAGAAAAGUGGGGUGGACGUGGUGGCCAAGUUUCAUGAUGACGGUUUCCAUGGUGUGGAGCUCUUCGACCCCAGAAAGGCCCACGUUUUGUACGCGGAUAUCAAGGAUUUUAUCGCGAGCAGUGCAUGAUUGUGUGUGAAGAGUAAUGGCAUUGCAUCUGAUUAUAUCUACAAUGUGAGACUCUGUUUUAUUUAUAUCUAUGAACUCUGAUCCCCUUUUUUA